UCACCCGUGUAAUGAAUGAGAGAGAGAGAGAGAGGGGGGGGUGAGAGAGAGAGAGAGAUGUUGCUCUGUGUGUCGUGAACAUUUUGGGGAGCGUGUGGCACAGCACCGUGACAAUGAAGAGCAGAAGAAAGAUGAAGGAUGUUGCUGACUGACUGAAAACACGUUAGAAGGUCCACAAUGUUCACUGCGUUUUGCUGCGUGACAUUCUGUGCAAGACGAAGCAGCAGCGGCGCGAACAGCUGCUGCCGCCGGCAUGUUUGCCACUUCUCACCCCGAAGAAGGUAAUUAUUAAAAAAAAAAAAAAUUGAAAUUGAAAUAUAAUUUUUUGGGGGCUGCACGUUUUCCUGCUUGUGAUGGAGCUGCUGCAUGGGUGGCGAUGAGGCGUUGAUUUAUUUUGAUUUUUUCCACGCAAGCCUUGCUUUUUCUUUACCUUGCGACAAAUGAAGAUUUUCUUUUUUCUUCUUUUGACAUCAAGGGUGAGGAUGUGAGUGUCGUCGCUGCGGUACGCUGGCGAGCUCUCAGGCUCAAGGCGGGAACAACUCACCGCUUGUAUAUGUAUGUAUGUGGGGGCCCCCCACCCAACAGGAACACCCCUCCAAAAUCUGCAAGCGAGCAUUUUUUUUUUUUUUUUUUUUUUUACAAACUGGACUGCAGCCCUGAUGCAUCUUGUGAGUGUGAAAACUCUGACUAGAACCUUCUGGCAGGUUUGCAUCAGCAGACAGGAGACGCAGCAGACGGCAGCUCUGCGUGUGUCAUGUUAGAGGCUGGACUCUUGCCUGCACCCCCUCCCCCUGCAGGAACUCCCAGACAAAAUCUGUAACCUGGGCCCACUGGAGAAAGACCCCUUUUUUUUAGGAGGAGUGACGGCGCACAUAUACACUCAAGCAAGCACCUCUGAGUCAUUUUGACAUUUGCACCAAAGUUGUGAAAAAAGGUCAGACUCCAUAAGUAACCCCCUUGGCCCCCAUCCCGGAAACCAGGGUCAGGAUGCAGGUGUCUUUUGCCUGCACCGAGCACAACCUCAAGAGUCGCAGCGAGGACCGCCUUUGUGGCCUCCGCACCGCUCCGCCCCCCGGAGGAAGCAGCGGAGGAGUAGGAGGAGGCGGCGGAGGUGGCGGCGGUGGUGGCGGAGGUGGCGGCGGCGGUGGAUCAGGUGGCGGAGGAGGAGGCGGAGGAGGGAGCGGACAAGGCGGUAAUGGCAACUACACGUCCCAGGGAUCGGUCAAGACCAGGGAGGGCCCCGGGUCACGCCAGACCCCGCAGGGUCACGCGCACAUGAAGGAGGCCAUCGGGCGGCACACCAGCAUGAAGUACAGGAACCUCGGGAAGUCAGGUCUACGUGUUUCCUGCCUCGGGUUAGGCACCUGGGUGACGUUUGGAUCACAAAUAUCUGACGAGAUGGCGGAGAACCUGAUGACUGUGGCCUACGAGAACGGGGUCAACCUGUUUGACACGGCAGAGGUUUAUGCAUCUGGAAGAGCAGAGAUCACUCUGGGGAACAUCAUUAAGAAGAAAGGAUGGAGACGCUCGAGUUUCGUCAUCACAACAAAGAUCUACUGGGGAGGCCAAGCAGAGACAGAGCGAGGACUGUCCAGAAAACACAUUAUUGAAGGUUUAAGAGGAUCCUUAUCGAGACUGCAGCUUGAUUACGUGGAUAUUGUUUUUGCCAAUAGAAAUGAUGUCAACAGUCCAAUGGAAGAGAUCGUGCGUGCCAUGACGUUUGUGAUCAACCAGGGCAUGGCCAUGUACUGGGGCACCUCACGCUGGAGCGCCAUGGAAAUCAUGGAGGCCUACUCAGUGGCCCGACAGUUCAAUCUGAUACCACCUGUGUGUGAGCAGGCAGAGUAUCACUACUUUCAGAGGGAUAAAGUGGAGGUGCAGCUUCCUGAGCUCUACCACAAGAUCGGGGUUGGAGCAAUGACGUGGUCUCCCUUGGCCUGUGGAUUAAUCACAGGGAAGUACAGCGAUGGAGUACCAGAGUGCUCCAGAGCAGCAAUGAAGGGAUACCAGUGGCUGAGAGAGCGUGUGAACAGCGAGGAGGGGCGCAGGCAGCUGGCUAAAAUCAAAGAGCUCCACCUACUGGCAGACAGACUGGGCUGCACCGCCGCACAGUUGGCCAUUGCCUGGUGUCUUCGUAGCGAGGGAGUCAGUUCGGUGCUUCUGGGUGUUUCAAACACAGAUCAGCUACUGGAGAACCUUGGAGCCCUCCGGAUUUUAUCCCAAAUGACACCGCAAACUGUCAGCGAGAUGGACGGCGUGCUGGGUAACAAACCACACUUGAAGAAGGAGUCUCGCGCUUGAGCAUCCCUGAAAACGAUCAAGCUUUUUUCUCUGCUGUAUACUCAACAACUUGCAUGUCCUCAGCAACAUUAUGCUUCCAGAACGAGCGCAUAAACCACUGUGCGCAGUACAAUGUAUCAUGUAUGGAUUAAAAAAAAAAAUCUCUACAAAAACAGGUCAUAUUAACGCUCAGUGACAGUAGAGGUGGCCUCAGGCUAUAAAAGUAGCUGCUUGCAAAAAGCUAAGAAAAAGAGGACGGCUGUGCUAAAAUGACUGUGUUAGUGGUGCGUUCACUGCACGCGGGAGUCUCCAGACCCUUUACUGCCUGAACUGUAGUAGCAGCAGCAGCAGCAGCGUCAAAAGGGGUCAAAGGUUAGUAAUCAUACGUCGAGCCCAACAUUUCCCAUGGUGUGCAUGUGACUGGUCGGGAACUGCUGUUCACAGUGGAUCACUUGUGAAGUAUCAAAAAAAAAGAAAAAAGAAAAAAAGACAUCACAUGCUUUAUAGAAAUAGGCCGACGACUCGGAGGUAUGAAAAAAAAAUGCACUAAAGGAGAUGAGAUUAUAAAGUUUACAAGUUUGGCUGAGAAUCCCUGCUCUUAAUGAAAAUGAAUGCAUUUAAAAAAAAAGAAAAGAUGACAAGUAUUUUCAUGCAUUUUGCUUUUAUUUUUAAUGAACUAUACAGCAGGCUGGGGGUUGGGAGGGGAGUGGGGGGUGGGGGUUACAAUCUUAUUCACCAAACCUGCUGUUGCCCCCUUGUUCCUAAACUGUGCGCAUGUCCCUUUAAGAGAGGAAAGCCCCCCCAUACCCCCAACAGGGUGUAUAAUGUGGCAUGGCUUUAAAUGGUAUGUAGAUUUGCAGUGCCCUUGUAAGCCUGGUAUUACGAUAAAUGACCAGGAGAGCAUUUUUAAAUGACAAUUGGGAGUACAAGGACUGAUCACAUGGGGGGGUGGUUCAGCAAAUAUAUGUUUUUUUUUUAAUACGGAAGUCGUUUUCAUUGCUUCUUUAAUCAUAUCUCUGGGAAUUGUCUGUUUUGUUCCUUUGUUUGUGAAAAUGUGUUUUUUUUCCCUUUACCUUCUUGGAAGAGUGGGGGGAGGGAGGGAGCGAUGUUCCUUCUGUCAUUCUCCAUGAAACAAAAUACAUGUGGGGGUGUUUUGAGGACUUGUUUGGGUCGGCACACCGGUAAAAGUGUAUAUAGUUUGUCAGCGAGAUAUCCUGUAAAAGGCAUUGUUUAGGAAACAUGGAGGACUUCCCCUUUGUUACUCUGUGAUCUGAGUGUUGCGUCCAGUGUACACGAACGUUUCAAUCCAACCUAUGAACAUGUAAACUUUGCCUGCAUACCUUCUAUUUUACUGUCUUGCAACAAGGAGAACAUGUGAAAAGAGGCAACAAUCCAUGCUGAAUGUACCGUGUCUGUUGCUGCGUCUAAAGGGAAAGCACAUUACAUGACUUAAA